AUGUCUGAAGUACCGUCAGACGACCAGCCGGAACGCCACGGCUCUGCCGCCCCUGCCGGCGCAGAGUCCGCGCAGUAUGACUUGGACCCCCCCGAGCAUUAUGAACUACCCAACUUGAGCCACGUCAUGGAAGAGGACCCCAGGACAGGGACUACUCGGCAUGUGUUGGACAUCUUCUCUUACAAUGUCAACAAGAUGGAAUCCAAGGUCACAGAACUGGGCACAUAUGCCAAGGGAUUCGAAUGCGAGAUGCGACCAACCAUCCUCAUGAUUCAAGAUCCUCCGUACAAUGUCGAAAAUAUUCAUCUGCCAGAAUACUACCUCGAAAGCAAAAGUGACUGGAUACGACCCAAGUCUGACAGGGAUAAGGACCAACAAAAUACUUCUCGGGCGACCAAGAACAAACCCGAUAACUCCAAGGCGGCCAAGAACAAAUCCAAAAGCUCCCAGGACGAUAAAGACGACGAACCGAAGCCUGUUUCCAGAAGGGUUGCCAUUUAUAUUUCCGAUAAAAUACCACUGGAGUCGUGGGAGGUCUCUUGGGACGAGGGGGUCAACAAGGGACACGUCGUUUACAUGCUCCUCCGCUUGCACGACGGCUCAGAAGUAUAUUUCACAAACUUCUACAACCGUGUGCCGGGAGAGAGCAUUGACCUCGAGCACCUCUUCAAGACCCCAGCCCCCGGACUCGGUUUCGACGUCUUAGGUAGCAGAUCUGCCAUCUUUUGCGAUUCAAAUGCUCACUCCAUUUGGGACCCUGGAAGCAGGUCAGACAAACAAGGCAGAUACAUCUCGGACAAUUGUCUCAAAGCCAACAUGGACAUCCUACCAAAAUACAACAAGCAUAAUCCCAGCUACAAGCGCAAAGCAGCAACACGAAAGAACGAUAUCUCAACCAACAUCGACCUGACUAUACUAGGAAGCAGCAUCCAAGACCAAAUGAUAUGGUGUAAUGUUGUCAGGCCGCGCGAAAUCGCAAACAGUUACACAGACCAUGCAGUUAUUCACACCAGGCUAGACGUUCACGUCGACCGAUGCCCUCGAAAGAGAUAUCGAUUUGACAAGGUCGAACAGGAGGAUUUUCAGGCUAGCGUUGAAGCAAGAUUGGAGCAUGUUCUCGGUGCACCCGACGCCAUCCCCGAACUUGUCGACUGCGAUGCUGCAGAAGUAUUCGCACAGGACCUCUGUAAAGCUUUGAUGGAGACUGUCGAGGAUAUGGUGCCGGCAGUGGAACUCAACGCGGCCAAGACCAAACUUCAGCACCCUCAGCUUGCCGAACUUGAUGAGGCUUUUGAUGCAGAGAUGCGUGCAAAUUGGAUUUUGCGCCAUACGAGUCGAGACAAUUUGGCAUAUGACGAGCGUUACGAGAAGUGGGUGGCUGCGAUCAAAGAAACCAACAGGCUGACGAAAACUGUCAACGCGGUUGCAUCCCGCAGAGCCGCGAGUAGUCUGUUCCAAGGCCUGAUUGGUCUUCACAGGAUCAUGGCUCAGGCUCGCAGGAAGGCUCUCGCACAGAUGCCGCCUCACUUACAGUAUCUCAAGAACACCGACGGUACCUACUGUCGGAGUCAAGCAGAAAAUGCUCAUCUUUUACGCGGAAGACACUUUGACGAAACCAGUAAUUCCCCGGCCCCCGCAGAAGAGACGGCAGUCAAGGCUAGAUACCUCGAAUCUCGUGGGAAAGCCUUGGAUGCCGCAAGAUCAGCAACACGCAAGCCAAAGCCAAAGCCAAAGCCAAAGCCAAAGCCAAAGCCAAAGGCUCGGCCUUCUGCAUCCAAGAAGCACACGGGAAAGCGCAAAUCUCGGCGUCGUCAAUCCUCAACGCCACCACCCCGCUUGACACCUCAACCGUCUCGGCCCUCUCCCGAACCUCUUCAUCACCCUUCUCCCUUAGGUGCCGCCAGUCGGCCCGUCGAGAACGAUUGUGAUCCUCCCGAUACCAGUACAAUCGUUUGCGCAUUUGAUACAUACUCUUCUGUUUCUAUCCCGGGUUCGCCACUCACACAUGAGGAACCUCCGGUUCCUGCAUCCCCGUUUCAAUCCCCGCCUUCCAACGUCGACAUGCCAACCCAGGACGACUGUUCGAUGCCCGAUGCAGACAGCACAUCAUGCGGCGUAUCUCAAUCUUCGGAGGCCUCUCCCGGCAAGGGUCAGAAGGGUAGAAAAUCCACGGCCCAAGAGGGCAAGAAAAACGCCAGGAGAAAACCUCAGAGACGCGUCAGCAUGAAUGGGGGCAAUCGCUUUGUUCCUCCUGCCAGGGAACCAAGGGCUUUAAGGUCCCACUCAAAGCCUGGUGGCUUGAGAGGAAACGUCAAGCCUUCGCAGCAAAAGCCUCCUGCCCACCCAAGUUUGGACAAUCGAGCUUUGGACAUCCCAAGAAACCAGGUGGAAAGCGCUGAUGCAUUGUCAUCCCAACCGGCAGACUCUCGCUCCGCUUCACCUGCCGACCCCCCCUCCGCUUCCGACUCUCAGCCGUCUGCCGGUUCCCCUCCCGUAUCACAAGAUGCCGGGAGCAGACCUAGGAAGAAGAGGAUGCUUCGCAAAGAACGAGAACGUUGGGAUAAGCUGAGAUCGGAGUCCCCUCCCAAGCUCGAUCGUUACAGGGUUCGGAAGAUUGUCAAGAAACUGGCUGCCCGCAAAGCCCCUGGCCCGGACGGCAUUCCAAAUCCAGCUCUGAAGAUGGCUGUGGACGCCCUCAUGCCAUACUUUCAAUACGGCUUCGCUGGCAAGAGCGCCCCUAAAGCAGUUGAGCAUCUGGUCAGCGGCAUCGUGAAUGGGUUCUGCGGAAAGACCAGACGAAAGGGUUGGCGGACCACUCUCUUGUCCCUUGACGUGUCUGGCGCUUAUGAUCACGUAAAGCACCUGGAGCUUAUCGAGGUUCUCCUUGACGCGGGCCUGCCUGACUGGCUUGUACACUACGUCGACUCUUUCGUCUCUGACCGUUCCACUUCGGUCGUGCUACCAGGCUUCACCUCACCCAAGUUCUGGGUCAACAUUGGCAUUCCUCAGGGGAGUCCACUGUCCCCGAUUCUCUUCGCACUUUUCACAGCACCGAUGCUGCGGAUGCUUGACGACGAGGCAGAGCUAGGUGGUUCCAAGUACAUCCUGACCAGCGUGUCUUACGUCGAUGAUACUUGCAUCAUGGUCACGUCUCCGUAUUCAAAGGUCAAUUGCGAGAAACUGACCGAGGUGCACGACAAGCUGAUAUCAUGGGCAAGCCCACGCGGGCUACUCUUUGAUCCCGCCAAGUACAAGGUCAUGCACUUCCGCCCGCGGAGGGGAGGUAGCGGACAUCUUCCCCUCUGCCAAAAGCUACCGAAAAUCAAGCACUUGGAUGAAAGCAAAGCUCUUGUGCGGGAAUCUAAGGAGCCGGAAACAAACAAGGAGGGCAACCUCCGUGUUCUGGGCGUCUGGCUGGACCACCAAUUGUCAUGGAAAUAUCACGUUCACCAGAUACAGCAAAAGGUCAACCGGAAGAUGGGCUACAUGAGGAAGAGAUUCAGUAGCGUUUCGGGCCCAUCAUUGCUGAAGUUGUGCCAACUUUACGCGACCAGCAUCCGUCCAGUCAUUGCGUACGCCUGCCCAGUCUGGUUUGUCGUCCCCAGCAUAGAGGCAAAAGGUUACGGCCUGAACCAAACGUUGAUCGACAAGCUCGAUGCCAUUCAGACCGGCUGCCUCCGGGUCUUUGCCGGCGUGUUUUCCAAGACAUCAAGCCUUCCCCUCCACAAAGAAGUCAACAUGGAGCCGAUUGCCGUCUAUCUCCAACGUAUGGCAAUGAGUCAUCGUGCCAGCAACUCCAUGACCGAUGAUGGCAAGCUUCUGAUCAAAAAGACAACCAAAUUUCCUUUCAAAGGCACCAGUAGCCCAUGCUUCGAAAAGCAACCGUACUUUGAGCUGUAUCAAGCAGCCUCCCGGCUCGCGGAAAAAGCCAAGGCUCAAUACCUGAGCAAGAACCUUCCCGACGUCUGGGAUAAUGCAGUCGAUCGGCGCAUCGCUAUCAACGAGUACCUCGAAGCGCAAUCGGAUACUCUCUGCAGAAGAACGAAAACGACGCUCAGCCCGGCAGUCGUGCUCGCCGACUCACCCAUGUGUCCCUGUGGCACCAACACCCACACCGUCGAACACCUCUUCUUCGAAUGUCCCCUGCUGGCCAACGCUAGACGCAACUUGCCCGUCACGAAGUGGACAGUAAAGUUGAUUGAAGGCCGGUUUGGUCGUUGGGCCUCCCGAAAACGCACCCUCGAACAGCUGAUCGACGAGCACCCCCGCACCAUGGCGCAAUGGGCCAUCAAAACCUUCGGGCUCGGUCAGUUUGAGUGGACAAGCCGAUACAUGGAGACUGGCCCAUCCAUCUCCAACCCCUUAGAUGAGGGCAAUGAUGGCGAUCAGCUCUUGGAGCCAUUCGCUAUGCUUCUUGUCGAAUAUCCUGUUGAUCUCCCUCGCGUUGUUCUCGUCCUUCGGGUUCUCGGCGAUCUUUUUGAAUCUCUGCUUGACUUGACGGAGAGCUUGGUUCUGAGGGUCUUCCGAGAGCCUGAUGUGUAUCGUGAGGAGGCACAGAGAUACUGCGUCGUUGUUCUUGGCCGCAAGGACGUGACCAAGCCAUUGUUGAACAUGUGGCAAACCGGUCUUUUUCAGACGUUUGAUGUCGCUGGUAGCAAGGGCUACGUCGAUUAG